ACGUUCAUCACGGCCACCUCACGCCACUGCUUGUGUUGACGUUGAAGAUGCGCUGCCUGCUCGUGUGCCUCCUGUGCCUGCAGGGCCUGCAGAGCAUCCUGUGUGCGGCCGCGAGAGAAGACGUAGACCUGCUGCAGGAUCUGCGCGGAGCACUCGCUUCAUCACUGCCCCGCAAGUCGCCUCCGAGGACACGGCAUGUCUCGGCGACCGAUCCCAACGAGGACACCUGGCCGAAGGGAGUACUCAUAGGAGCUGGGCUAUCAGCUUUUCAAGCCGAAGGCGCAUGGGACGAAGAUGGUAAAGGAGAGAGUUCUAUGGACUGGAUUGAGCACCUGCUUGGAGACAAGCUGUUCCCAAACAACACAGACGUAGCUGCUGAUCAUUAUCACAGAUUUCGCGAAGAUCUCGAUCUAGCAAAAAAAUUAAAGUUCACUUCGCACCGUUUCUCCAUAUCCUGGUCUCGUGUCCUUCCGACUGGCGGUGUCGAUAAUAUCAACCAGAAGGGUGUUCAGUUUUACAAGGAUUAUAUUGAUAAAGUCAUUGAAAACGGCAUGGAGCCAAUGGUUACAAUGCUUCAUUUUGAUCAGCCCAUUGCAGUGGAGAAUGCCACUGGAGGGUGGGGCUAUCCUGCUAUGGUUGAUAAAUACGUUGAGUAUGCCGACUUCUUGUUUGAAACUUUCGGAGACAAGGUGAAGUACUGGAAUACUAUUAAUGAACCGAACAUGUACUGCAACUAUUUCGGACAAAUAAUGAACUCCAUUGAUAUGGGCCAAAAAGGACAAAUGGACCUUUACCCAUGCCUGCACCAUAUCGUUCUAGCACACAUGAAGACUUACCAUCUGUAUAGAAAAAAGUACCAGUCAAAACAAAAAGGCAAAGUCGGUACGUCAGUGGUGAUGUGGCCAGCAACGCCUAAGACCACGCAGUCAGAGGAUGUGAUGGCGGCGGAAACGUUUAAUCAAAUGUAUUGUGGAACAAUUCUGCACCCGCUUGUUUUUGGAGACUAUCCACCUAUAGUCCGCUACCUUGUAGAAAAGCGCGACGCCGAGAUGGGCGUCAGCGAACCAAGGCUACCAAAAUUUACUGCUGAAGAAAAGGAGAUGCUGUCAGGAGGCGUCACUGACUUCAUAGCUUUGAACUUGUACAGUGGUUGCAAAGCUAGCUACAGGCACAACAAAACAGUACCUGCCGACUCCGCUAUUUUCCCAGGACCUGUUGCUAGUGACAUGCCCUUCGUAGAGCUCUCUGGAAUUGGUGAAUUUGGACAGGUGGACGAGUCCUUUAUGCACAAUGGGCUAACGUGGGUUUGGAACACGUACCACGUGCCAAUCAUCAUCAGCGAGAAUGGUUACGGUGACUCGAAUCAAGCAGGAGUGCACGAUACAGUUCGAGCUGCAUAUCAUAGUGCAAAUCUUCGUUCCCUCGUGCGCACAAUGAAGGAAUACGACGUCGAAGUUCUUGCGUACUAUGCCUGGUCACUACUGGAUCUUUUCGAGUUUAGGUCGGGUUACUUUCUGCGUCCGUUUGGGCUUAUCCACGUCGACUACCAGACUGGAUCUCUUAACCGAACUUUAAAGGAUUCAGCUCAGUUCUUCAUUGACCUGGCUACAACUGGCAAGAUACCGUAUGUAGAAGUAUCGGCAGGCAGUUCUUUGACACCGAUUGGAAAACUGCUCUUGGUGGUGUGGGUGGCAAAGUGGCUGGGACUUUAGGCAGAACUGAUCACUAUGCCAACCAGACCAGAUUUUUGUCUCAGGUUUUGCACGUGUUGCACAGGGGUACGGAAUCGGAGAAAAUUUGACAUAAUUCGUUUUUUGGAGUGUAGUCUGGGGAUUUUGUUCUUUAGCAACCGGAAGACAAAUAUUUGGGGUAUUUAAAAGUCAUUCAGCUAGACACAAGCUCAGCGCGCUUCAGUGCAGAGCGGGUGUCCAGGCUAAGACAUGCCAGUACGCUGGGUUGCCUAUGCACUGGCUGUAGGCGCGGGCUUGUGGCGGGGGAGUGGUGGUCCUUUCUCCCCCUGGCCUAGCUAAGCCAAAGGGCAAUAAAUCAAAGGAUCAACCAACCAUAACACCAUCGAAUCACCCCUUCAUCAACGCUACACCCCAUACCCUCUCCUCCGUUAAUAAUAAGUAAAUACUGUAAGGCCUACGGGCAUUAGCACACCAACCCAUGUAAAAAAAAUCCAAAUGUAACAAUUUCACGUAAAUAAAACCAUUUUAAAAACAGAA